AAUCUGAACUAUGAACGUCCUAUAUAAUAAUCAUAAUGCCUAUAUAGCAACUUCUAAUCUUGUAUCUAAUGUUGGGUCAGUGGGUCGAUAUCAACAUUAAACUACUCAUAUAGUGUAAGGCUGAAAGCUUAAACAUACCGUGUAUAAAUGAUUAAACAACUCAUACAACUAUUAGCUAUUUCCCGUCGUCCAUAGUCGUUCAAUAUGGCAGCCACUUUGCUUGUUGUGGUUGUUACUUCAAUAGCAAUUCUCAUUUCCUGGUUGUAUCAAUCUUAUAAACGGAACAAAAUAUUUGGGAAAAUUCCUGGACCGGCUGGUUUACCUAUAUUAGGAAAUGCUCAUCAGUUGGAAGUCGAUGGCACAAAGUUUUAUAAUCAGAUUAUGUCCUAUUCCGAGGAAUUUGGCAGAAAGGGUAUAUUUAUGAUAUGGUUGGGAACCAAACCAAUGGUUUGUCUGGCAAGAGCCAUAGACGUUGAGAAAUUACUCAAUAGUUCAAAACAUAUGGAUAAAUCUGCUGAAUAUAGAUUUUUACACCCGUGGCUUGGUACAGGUUUGUUGACAAGUACGGGUGCCAAAUGGAGAAGCCGACGUAAAAUGUUAACACCAACUUUCCAUUUCAAAAUUUUAAACGAUUUUCUAGCAGUAUUUAACGAACAGUCAGAUGUUAUGUUAUCUAAAUUAAAGGAAAAAGCUGGUCCGAACAGUUUUAAUAUUUUUAAUGAUAUAACAUUAUGUGCUCUAGAUAUUAUAUGUGAAACUGCUAUGGGAAGAGAUGUAAAUGCACAGAGUAACAGUGAUUCACCUUAUGUUAAUAGUGUUUAUAAGAUGAGUGAAUUGGCCCUGAAUAGAAUGAAACAACCAUGGCACUGGCCUGAUAUAUUAUAUAAUCUAAUAGGACCUGGGAAAGAACACGAUAAAUGUCUUCAAAUCCUGCAUGGAUUCACAGAAAAGGUUAUAGCCGAAAAGAAGCAAGAACUGUUAAAUGGAGGGCCUGCAGUCCAUGAUAACUCUAUGGAUUCGGCAGAAGAAGACCAUUAUGUUGGAACCAAGAAAAAACGAAUGGCUUUUCUAGAUAUGUUACUACACAUGUCUGAACCUAGUCUAACAUCAGAAGAGAUACGUGAAGAAGUGGACACGUUUAUGUUUGAGGGUCAUGAUACAACUGCUGCAGGAAUUAAUUGGGCUACGUACUUAAUCGGUGCCGAUCAGAGUAUACAGGAGAGGUUACAAGACGAAUUGGAUUCCAUUUUCGGUGAUAGUGAGAGACAUCCAACUAUGGAAGAUUUAAAAGAUAUGAAAUACUUAGAAUGUUGUAUCAAAGAAUCAUUACGGUUAUAUCCAUCUGUACCACUGUUUGGUCGUACUCUUACUGAAGAUGCCGUCAUAGAUGGAUUUACAAUUCCCAAGGGCACAACCGGAAAUCUUGUAGUCUCUGCGCUCCACAGAGAUCCUGAAUAUUUUCCUGAUCCCGACGUUUAUGAUCCGGAUCGAUUCUCACAUGAUAAUGCUACAACAAGACAUCCGUAUGCCUAUAUUCCAUUUUCUGCCGGCCUCCGAAACUGCAUAGGUCAAAGGUUUGCACUAUUAGAGGAAAAGGUUCUCUUGUCCACCAUUUUCAGAAACUUCAAGGUUGAAUCUUUGCAAAAAAGAGAUGAGCUUCGUCCAACCGGUGAACUUAUUCUUAGACCUGAAAAGGGAAUUAUCGUGCGUCUCACAUCUCGAAAAUAGUGUUGAAGCUUUUGUUGGCUUUUAAAGAAGAAUCAUUGUUAUUAGAAACGUAGAAAUAUUGAUGAGUGUAAUAAUUAAAAACAAAAGAUGAUUGCUUGAUCCAGCAUAAUCAGUGUGACCAUCAUCAUCCACUACAAUAUUCAUGACACUUCAUAACCUCUCCCGGUGUGCUGUUUGUAGCUCUUAUCAAAAUUUGUGAUUGGACAGGAUCUAUAUUAUUGAAGAUUAAGUGUUCCUCGGGUUGUUUUAUGAUCUUACUUUCGUUUCUGGCUUAAACUGUCGACCACGGAAUACAAAACCAGUUAUGUCUCAAUAUUGGCUCUUUAAUUUUAACCCACAAUUUUAAGUGUAUAUGUAUACCUUUCAAAUCCAUUCAACACAUCAGAUUUACUGAAAUCGACAAUAUCUCACCCAAAUCACAAUAGCCUAGUUAUUUUAAAAAUUAACCCAGUUCGGAGCAAAACAGUAGGACGUAAAACCCCAUUUCAUUUCAUUUCUUAUUUUAAAAACUUUAAUUGUUAUUGAUCGUGCGUUAUUUGUGGUUUUUUUUAAAUGCCUAAUGUAAAUCUAUCAUUGUUAAUCUGUUGUUCAUGUAUAUUAUUGUGGGUGUCAUUACGAAUAAAUCUAAUUUAUAUGUUUGUA